AUGUGGCAGCUCCACACUCCCCAUUGUCCUCCCAAGCUCACCCAUUGGCUACAGACUGUGAGAAACUCCAACAAGCCCAAGACCCACACAUUGAUAUGCAAAUGUGGGAAUAUAUAUAGGAGAGAUGAAGCCAGCAGAAAUCAGAUACUCUCUAUACAGAGACCUUUACAGCACAGAGAUCCAGCCAUGGCACCUGCAAUCACUUCAGCUAUGAUCUACUCUAAGGAGAAAUUGACUCUGAUCAACAAGGUGAACUGAAGAUUCAGAUUCAAUGACAUUUAUUCAAUUUGAUUAAUUAAUUGUUUAUUUGCUUCAGUAAUUCCGUAUUCCAGAAUAAGGUUAUUAAUGCCUCUCCUCGUCUCUUCUUGCAGCUAAGAAAGCCAGUGGUGGAGAAGUUUCGCAGAGAUCGUAUCAACAACAGCAUUGAGCAGCUCAAGUCUCUCCUGGUUCCAGAGAUCCUCAACCAGCAGCCCGACUCCAAGCUGGACAAAGCCGACAUCCUGGAGAUGACAGUUUGCUUCCUGAGACGACAGCAACAGAACCAGCCAGUGAGCUCCUCCUCCUGCUCAGCACCUGUCAAUCAGGGUUACUCCAGGUGUGUCCAAGAGAUUGUUCACUUCCUGUCGAAGGUUGAGGUGAAGACACAGUCCCAGAGAAGACUACUGAGCCACUUCCAGAGUCUGCAGCCAUCCUCUGAUAAGAACAGGAGGGAGGGUGACCUGAGCUCCCCAGCCCAGCAGAGCAUCAGCAAAGAGAAGAGUCCAUUCAACUGCGCCCUCUGGAGGCCCUGGUAGAGUCCUACAGACUGGAGCUCCAAUCAGACAAACACAAUGGACCAUGUUGGUCUAAGAUUAAUUUCAUGGACAGUAAUAAGAAUAAUAAGAGAUCUUCUUCUGCUUCUGCAGGAGUUUUUAAAAGUUUGGUGUGAUUGAGACAUUUCAUUUCAGUUGUACUGAAAUUAAAAAGUUGUUCCAAGAAAACAAUCUGAUUGAUGAAUGCUACAUUUUUGUAGUGUUAAUUUAAAUCAUGAUAACCUUUAUGUUUUGUGAAAUAGGUUGAUUAUAUUGAUCAUGUGUUUGUAUUCAUGAUCAACAAUAAGUUGAAUUGUCCUUCAUCAGAACCUUUAAACCAAAGUGGGUGUUAUAUCAUCAAUCUGUUUGUGAUUGUCUAUGACUGAUCUGUUUUUAAGGUCAACAUUUGAGAGUUAUUUUUUUUCCCCACUACAUUUGUGUAGUGAUAUAGUCAUAUUGACAUUGUAUUGAGCAUCUUCUGUGAAGCAUGUAUCAGUUAUAUAUUUGAUAUUAAUCAACUUGAGCUACAGCAUCAAUGUUCCUCCAGGAGGAUUAUUUACCCAAACUGGGUAUUAUACCUGUUAUCAUCACUCUGUGAUUAGCAAUAUUUGAUCCGUUUUAAGAUCAGACUUGUGUUUGGAGGAGGAGGAAUGCUGCCUAUGACCCCAAGAACACCAUCCCCACCUUCAAACAUGGAGGUGGAAACAUUAUGCUUUGGGGGUGUUUUUCUGCUAAGGGGCCAUGUACCGUCAAAUCUUGGGUGAGAACCUCCACUAGCCAGGGCAUUGAAAAUGGGUCGUGGAUGGGUAUUCCAGCAUGACAAUGACCCAAAACGCACGGCCAAGGCAACAAAGGAUUGGCUCAAGAAGAAGCACAUUAAGGUCCUGGAGUGGCCUAGCCAGUCUCCAGACCUUAAUCCCAUAGAACAUCUGUGGAGGGAGCUGAAGGUUCGAGUUGCCAAACGUCAGCCUCAUAACCUUAAUGACUUGGAGAAGAUCUGCAAAGAGGAGUGGGACAAAAACCCUCCUGAGAUGUGUGCAAACCUGGUGGCCAACUACAAGAAACGUCUGACCUCUGUGAUUGCCAACAAGGGUUUUGCCACCAAGUACUAAGUCAUGUUUUGCAGAGGGGUCAAAUACUUAUUUCCCUCAUUAAAAUGCAAAUCAAUUUAUAACAUUUUUGACAUGCGUUUUUCUGGUUCUCUCACUGUUCAAAUAAACCUACCAUUAAAAUUAUAGACUGAUCAUUUCUUUGUCAGUGGGCAAACGUACAAAAUCAGCAGGGGAUCAAAUACUUUUUCCCUCACUGUAUAUACUCUGAUAGAGUAUUAUGUCUUGGAGAUUUGUUCAAGUUCUUGCUGUUAUGUUUAAUCACUUUAUUUCUCUUGAAAUAUUUACCUUAAAUUAAGGUAUUAAAUGAUGUGACUCAUUAAGACAGUCUGAAUAAAUACACAAAUCAUCAAAUUAAAUAUUCUUGUCUGCCAACAACAUUACAUGGUUAAAUGACGUAUUUAUGAAAUUCCACAUAGAUUAAGUGGCUGAUGCAAAAACAAAACAAAUUAUGUCCCAAGACUAUACAGAAUGAUAUUGACUGCAUUAGAAUGCAACACUGAACUUAAUUAAUAUAUUCAUUUGUACAUCUGGGUGCUUCAAACAAAAUCUACAGAGUAAGAUAAAUGUUAAGAGACAUUUCAAGUCAUACAUUAUUAUUUUACAGUAAUUGUUUUUAUGUAAAACAUAACAUUCAUAUUAUAUAUUUUAUUAUUAUAUCUUGAUGGAGUAAAGGUGUGAUGAACCAUAGAGAGAUAAGUGAUCAUCAAUCUGAGUUCCUUUGGAGGCAUGACGGAUGUUUUUUUUACUGAGGCACCUGUUUUAAAUAAAUGUAUUUUCAGUGUUUCAGAAUGUAUUAAAUUAUUUUAGUUUGGUCAUAAUAUAUCAGUGAUUCCAGGUGUUGGGCCAAAACUAGUACUGUCAUUUCAGUGCUUUAAACGUUUAGGGCAGCUGUGCCCCUCAAACUCAAUAGCUAAUGUGAUGUGUAAUAAGACACACUUCUAUUGUUCCUCUAUUGAAAGCAGUGAAUGGAGAGAGAGUGUGGGAAACCGAGGAGAACUCACUCACAGAGCCCCUUUGGGACAAUUAGACUGGGAUCUCUACCUGGACUGUCAGAGGUUAGAGCGGGGAUCUGGGUCUCUAUGGGGAAUUUAAUCAAUAUAUUUCUGAUAAUCCCACAACAUUUAAUGUUCAGUAUUUGGGUCUUGAAAUUAGAAAUCUGCUAAAACAUAUGUUUCUAAUAAAAGUUAAAGAUAUCAUUUUUUUUGUACUUACAUUUUUAUUGCACUUUUAGGCAGUACUUGCAUCUUCUUCAAGAUUAAUGCAAUUAAUGCAUUUUUUAUUCUGUUUGUUUGUGGGGCAUGGUUGAAAACAUGCUAUUUGUUUGUGUGCACAAACACAUAGAGCUUCAAUUGAUUCUCGGUAACAAUUAGUAUUUAUCUGUUGCUUAAGAUAAAUAUUUUUGUAAUGAGCUUCAACCCCAACGGCUUGAUAGGAACUGCUUGUGUAGAGAUUAAUUAGCAUUCAACAAGGCACACUUCUAUUGUUUAGUGGAAACUCUCUCAAUGGGCAAAGUGUGGGAAAGCUCUGAAGAGAAGAUUCACAGUUUAGUGUCAUCAGGAUCAUCAGUCCCACCAGCACCUGUGAGUCUCUAUGGGUAAUAUGCACACUUCUAUUGUUCAGUGGAUAGAAUGGGUGGGAGGGGGUAUUUGAGGUUAUUUCUUACACUUUCGUGUGAGGGAAAUUCAAUAAUUAUUAAAUACCCAAGUUAUGAUAGGCUUUUUCUAUCUUGAUGAUGGACAGAGUUUUAUUCAGUACAUUCAUGUAGGUCAGUUGUUUGUGUGAUAAACAGCGAACAGCUCUCAAUUCCAGUUAGGCAUACAAAAGAUAACCCUGAUUUAUAAUGAAAUAAAUCACAGACAAUAAUUUUCAAAGAGUUCUCAUAAUCAUGUGUUCUAUGCCAAUAUAGGAUGAAUUUGUAUUUAUAAAGGUGUGUCUUGUUAGUAUAGUCUUGCCAGGGCUGAUCUUUCCCUCCAAAACCCAGAAGGUCUGUGAUGUCAGCCUCUGUCUAUAGUACAACACAGAGCCAACAGUCGUCACUAAUGGUCCACUGAGCAGCUUUUGUAGUGCAUUGAUCACAGCACACAGGACUCAGUGUGGGAAACUCAGAUCAGCUCUCUACUCACACUGACCAGUAGACUCAAGACAGAGGACACAUCUGCUACAUUUGAACUCCAGAAUGCUUGACCAUAUAACUUCUACUACUGAGUUAAGAGACCCCUUGCUAUUGAUAUGGAUUACCUCUAAAAUACUGAAAACAAAGAUAUUCAUUUUCCACUCACGUGUUAAUGUUGACUAAAAUCGUAUAUAUUCCAAAACAUUCUGACUAACUGAAAAGACAAACAUGCAUGAAAUUAAACAGCAAUGAAAAUGGUGACACAUUGUCAUAUAUCAUCAUAUUGUUAAAUAUAACUACCGGUAUGUGCAAUGUAAAACAAUAUUACAGAGUCAUUCAUUAAUAUCAGAGUUAAUAUAAAUGGUGAAAGAAUAAAAUAUGCCUAAAUCAGUGAUGAAGCGUGGAUACAGAAUACUACAUUCAACAAUGUCCUUAUAGGUGGGGAUUAAUAGCACUGUUCGUUUUAUUCGAGAAUCUGUGUCCGUCUCACACGUGUAAGUUGUAAUGAUGAGCGUGUGCUCUGUCAGUGUCAUUGAUCCCAACAUCAGGCAGCAGAUCUGUGGGUCACCACUUUCCCAGAUUCACACAGCGCUCUGUGAGUCUCUCUCCAUCACCUCCCACCCCUCCACCUGUUCCCCUGAGACGUGACCAUUGUCCCCCAGCAAUAAGAACACUGAGCAUGUGGCAGCUCCACACUCCCCAUUGUCCUCCCAAGCUCACCCAUUGGCUAAAGACUGUGAGAAACUCCAACAAGCCCAAGACCCACACAUUCAUAUGCAGAUUUUGGACUAUAUAUAGGAGAGAUGAAGCCAGUAGAGAUCAGAUUCUCUCAACACUGAGACCUCUACAGCACAGAGAUCCAGCCAUGGCACCUACAAUCACUUCAGAUAUGAUCUACUCUAAGGAGCACCUGACUCUGACAAACAAGGUAAAUUGAAGAUUCAAAUUCAAUGACAUUUAUUCAAUUGCAUUGAUUGAUUGCUUAUUUGUUUCAAUAAUGUCAUACACCAGAAUAAGGUUAUUAAUGCCUCUCCUCGUCUCUUCUUGCAGCUAAGAAAGCCAGUGGUGGAGAAGUUACGCAGAGAUCGUAUCAACAACAGCAUUGAGCAGCUCAAGUCUCUCCUGGUUCCAGAGAUCCUCAACCAGCAGCCCGACUCCAAGCUGGACAAAGCCGACAUCCUGGAGAUGACAGUUUGCUUCCUGAGACAACAGCAACAGAACCAGCCAGUGAGCUCCUCCUCCAGCUCAGCACCUGUCAAUCAGGGUUACUCCAGGUGUGUCCAAGAGAUUGUUCACUUCCUGUCUAAAGAUGAGCUGAAUACACAGUCCCAGAGAAGACUGCUGAGCCACUUCCAGAGCCCGCAGCCAUCCUCUGAUAAGAACAGCAGGGAGAUUGACCUGCCUCCGCUGAGCUCCCCAGCCCAGCACAGCAUCAGCAAAGAGAAGAGUCCUGUCAACAGCUCCCUCUGGAGGCCCUGGUAGAGUCCUACAGACUGGAGCUCCACUCAAAACACAAUGGAUAGACCAUGUUGGUCUAAGAUGAAUUUAAUGGACAGUAAUGAGUAUAAGAAAAAUGUCUUCUUCAUCCUCUGCUUAUGCAGGAGUUUUUAAAAGUCUUGCUGUGAUUGAGACACUUCAUUUCAGUUGAACUGAAGUUAAAAAGGUUUUCCAAGAAAACAAUUGGAUCUAUGAAAACUACAUUUUUGUAGUGUUAAUUGAAAUCAUCAUAACCUUUAUGUUUUGUGAAACGUGUUGAUUAUAUUGAUCAUGUGUUUAUAUUCAUGAUCAACAAUAACUUUAAUUGUCCUCCAUGAGAUCCUUUAAACCAAAAUGGGUGUUAUAUCAUCAAUCGGUUUGUGAUUGUCUAUGAUUGAUCUGUUUUUAAGGUCAAAAUAUCAGUCAUUUGUUUUACCACUACAUUUGUGUAGUGAUAUAGUCAUAUUAACAUUGUAUUGAGCAUCUUCUGUGAAGCAUGUAUCAGUUAUAUAUUUGAUAUUGAUCAACUUGAGCUACAGCAUCAAUGUUCCUCCAGGAGGAUUAUUUACCUAAACUGGGUUUUAUACCUGUUAUCAUCACUCUGUGAUUAGCAAUAUUUGAUCUGUUUUAAGAUUAGACUUUAUUUGUGAAAUUGUCACUCACAUUAUUUGAAUAAUGUGUUUAUUGCAAGUGGGAGAACAAAUGUCUAAUUGAAAAACCCUCAUUUAUUUUAAACAAUUAUGUUUUCUUUUAUAAAGACAGUAACUUUGUAUCCUAUUCUCUGAUAGAGUAUCAUGUCUUGGACAUUUGUUCAAGUUCUUGUUGUGAUGUUUAAUCACUAUUCCUCUUGAAAUAUUUACUUUACGUUAAGGUAUUGAUGGUGUGACUCAUUGAGUCAGUCAAAAUAAAUACACAAAUCAUCAAAUGAAAUAUUAUUGUCUGUUACUUCACUCUUUUCUCCACUGAAAUACGCUUCCAAUAGAGUUACAUUGCUGACUUAUGAUAUUCCACAUAUAGCUACUAGCUAGACUACAGUAUAUAGGGAAAAAUAAGAAAAAGCCUACUUUGAGCCAAGACUGUAAAAAAUGAUCUUGAAAGAAUGACACUAUACAGGUAUAUCAUUCACCUCUUGGUGCUUCGUUAAAAAUCUACAGAGUAAAAUAAAAUACAUUUCUAGCCAUAAUUUAUUAAUUCACAUGAUUAGUUUGAUGGAGUCAGAAAUGACUAACUAACGAUUUGGCUGUUUAUAAUUGGUCAUAUGAGUUCCCAGAGACAUGGCUGUGUUGUUUUUACUGAAACACCUGAUUUACAUUCAUUCAUUUUAGGUAUAUCAGAACGUAUUGCAAAAGCAUUUGCAUUCCAUGAUUUUUAGUUUGUACAUGAUAUACCAGUGAUUCAAGGUGUUAGGCCAAAACUGCUGCCGUCAUCUUAGUGCUCUAAAAGUUUAGGGCUGCCGUGCCGCAUAAUAUUAUGUGUAAUAAGACACACUUCUAUUGUUCCUCUAUUGAAAGCAGUGAAUGGAGAGAGAGUGUGGGAAACCGAGGAGAACUCACUCACAGAGCCCCUUUGGGACAAUAGACUGGGACCUCUACCUGGACUGUCAGAGGUUAGAGAGGGGGUCUGGGUCUCUAUGGGGAAUUUAAUCAAUAUAUUUCUGAUAAUCCCAAACAUUUAAUGUUCAGUAUUUGGAUCUUGAAAUUAGAAAUCUGCUAAAGCAUAUUUUUCUAAUAAAAGUUCAAGAUAUCAAUUUUUUUGUACUUGCAUUUUUAAUACACUUUUAGGCAGUACUUGCAUCUUCUUCAAGAUUAAUGCAAUUAAUGCAGUUUUUAUUCUGUUUGUUUGUGGGGCAUGGUUGAAAACAUGCUAUUUGUUUGUGUGCACAAACACAUAGAGCUUCAAUUGAUUCGCUGUAACAAUGAGUAUUUAUCUGUUGCUUAAGAUAAAUAUUUUUUGUAAUGAACUUCACCCCCAAGGGCUUGAUAGGAACUGCUUGUGUAGAGAUUAAUUAGCAUUCAACAAGGCACACUUCUAUUGUUUAGUGGAAACUCUCUCAAUGGGCAAAGUGUGGGAAAGCUCUGGAGAGAAGAUUCACAGUUUAGUGUCAUCAGGAUCAUCAGUCCCACCAGCACCUGUGAGUCUCUAUGGGUAAUAUGCACACUUCUAUUGUUCAGUGGAUAGAAUGGGUGGGAGGGGGUAUUUUGGGUUAUUUCUUACACUUUCUUAUGAGGGAAAUUCAAUAAUUAUUAAAUAUCCAAGUUAUGAUAGGCUUUUUCUAUCUUGAUGAUGGACAGAGUUUUAUUCAGUACAUUCAUGUAGUUCAGUUGUUUGUGUGAUAAACAGUGAACAGCUCUCAAUUCCACUUAGGCAUACAAAAGUUAACCCUGUGUCGAUUUAUAACGUGACAAAUCACAGACAAUAAUUUUCAAAGAGUUCUCAUAAUCAUGUGGUCCUCUGUAGCUCAGCUGGUAGAGCACGGUUCUUGUAACGCCAAGGUAGUGGGUUCGAUCCCCAGGACCACCCACACACAAAAAAAAUUAUGUAUGCACGCAUGACUGUAAGAUGCUUUUUUUUAUUUUAAUUUUUUUAUUUCACCUUUAUUUAACCAGGUAAGCCAGUUGAGAACAAGUUCUCAUUUACAACUGCGACCUGGCCAAGAUAAAGCAAAGCAGUGCGAUAAAAACAACACAGAGUUACAUAUGGGGUAAAAAACAUAAAGUCAAAAAUAAAACAGAAAAUAUAUAUACAGUGUGUGCAAAUGUAGCAAGUUAUGGAGGUAAGGCAAUAAAUAGGCUAUAGUGCAAAAUAAUUACAAUAGUAUUAACACUGGAAUGCUAGAUGUGCAAGAGAUUAUGUGCAAAUAGAGAUACUGGGGUGCAAAAGAGCAAAAUAAAUAACAAUAUAGGGAUGAGGUAGUUGGGUGGGCUAAUUUCAGAUGGGCUGUGUACAGGUGCAGUGAUCGGUAAGGUGCUCUGGUAAGGUGCUCUGGAUCGGUAAGGUGCUUUGGAUAAAAGUGUCUGCUAAAUGGCAUAUUAUUAUGUGUUCUAUGCCAUUGUAGGAUGAAUUUGUAUGUAUAAAGGUGUGUCUUGUUAGUAUAUUCUUGCCAGGGCUGAUCUUUCCCUCCAAAACCCAGAAGGUCUGUGAUGUCAGCCUCUGUCUAUAGUACAACACAGAGCCAACAAUCGUCACUAAUGGUCCACUGAGUAGCUUUUGUAGUGCAUUGAUCACAGCACACAGGACUCAGUGUGGGAAACUCAGAUCAGCUCUCUACUCACACUGACCAGUAGCCUCAAGACAGAGAACACAUCUGCUACAUUUGAACUCCAGAAUGCUUGACCAUAUAACUUCUACUAUUGAGUUAAGAGACCCCUUGCUAUUGAUAUGGAUUACCUCUAAAAUACUGAAAAUAAAGAUAUUCAUUAUCCACUCACAUGUUAAUGUUGAAUAAAAUCGUAUAUAUUCCAAAACAUUCUGACUAACUGAAAGGACAAACAUGCAUGAAAUUAAACAGGAAUGAAAAUGGUGACACAUUGUCAUAUAUCAUCAUAUUGUUAAAUAUAACUACCGGUAUGUGCAAUGUAAAACCAUAUUGCAGAGUCAUUCAUUAAUAUCAGAGUUAAUAUAAAUAGUGAAAUAAUAAAAUAUGCCUAAAUCAGUGAUGAAGCGUGGAUACAGAAUACUACAUUCAACAAUGUCCUUAUAGGUGGGGAUUAAUAACACUGUUCGUUUUAUUCGAGAAUCUGUGUCCGUCUCACACGUGUAAGUUGUAAUGAUGAGCGUGUGCUCUGUCAAUGUCAUUGAUCCCAACAUCAGGCAGCAGAUCUGUGGGUCACCACUUUCCCAGAUUCACACAGCGCUCUGUGAGUCUCUCUCCAUCACCCCCACCCCUCCACCUGUUCCCCUGAGACGUGACCAUUGUCCCCCAGCAAUAAGAAUACUGAGCAUGUGGCAGCUCCACACUCUUCAUUGUCCUCCCAAGCUCACCCAUUGGCUAAAGACUGUGAGAAACUCCAACAAGCCCAAGACCCACACAUUCAUAUGCAGAUUUGGGACUAUAUAUAGGAGAGAUGAAGCCAGUAGAGAUCAGAUUCUCUCAACACUGAGACCUGUACAGCACAGAGAUCCAGCCAUGGCACCUACAAUCACUUCAGAUAUGAUCUACUCUAAGGAGCACCUGACUCUGACAAACAAGGUAAAUUGAAGAUUCAAAUUCAAUGACAUUUAUUCAAUUGCAUUGAUUGAUUGCUUAUUUGUUUCAAUAAUGUCAUACACCAGAAUAAGGUUAUUAAUGCCUCUCCUCGUCUCUUCUUGCAGCUAAGAAAGCCAGUGGUGGAGAAGUUACGCAGAGAUCGUAUCAACAACAGCAUUGAGCAACUCAAGUCUCUCCUGGUUCCAGAGAUCCUCAACCAGCAGCCCGACUCCAAGCUGGACAAAGCCGACAUCCUGGAGAUGACAGUUUGCUUCCUGAGACAACAGCAACAGAACCAGCCAGUGAGCUCCUCCUCCAGCUCAGCACCUGUCAAUCAGGGUUACUCCAGGUGUGUCCAAGAGAUUGUUCACUUCCUGUCUAAAGAUGAGCUGAAUACACAGUUCCAGAGAAGACUACUGAGCCACUUCCAGAGCCCGCAGCCAUCCUCUGAUAAGAACAGGAGGGAGGGUGACCUGCCUCCGCUGAGCUCCCCAGCCCAGCACAGCAUCAGCAAAGAGAAGAGUCCUGUCAACAGCUCCCUCUGGAGGCCCUGGUAGAGUCCUACAGACUGGAGCUCCACUCAAAACACAAUGGAUAGACCAUGUUGGUCUAAGAUUAAUUUAAUGGACAGUAAUGAGUAUAAGAAAAAUGUCUUCUUCAUCCUCUGCUUAUGCAGGAGUUUUUAAAAGUCUUGCUGUGAUUGAGACACUUCAUUUCAGUUGAACUGAAGUUAAAAAGGUUUUCCAAGAAAACAAUUGGAUCUAUGAAAACUACAUUUUUGUAGUGUUAAUUGAAAUCAUCAUAACCUUUAUGUUUUGUGAAACGUGUUGAUUAUAUUGAUCAUGUGUUUAUAUUCAUGAUCAACAAUAACUUUAAUUGUCCUCCAUGAGAUCCUUUAAACCAAAAUGGGUGUUAUAUCAUCAAUCGGUUUGUGAUUGUCUAUGAUUGAUCUGUUUUUAAGGUCAAAAUAUCAGUCAUUUGUUUUACCACUACAUUUGUGUAGUGAUAUAGUCAUAUUAACAUUGUAUUGAGCAUCUUCUGUGAAGCAUGUAUCAGUUAUAUAUUUGAUAUGGAUCAACUUGAGCUACAGCAUCAAUGUUCCUCCAGGAGGAUUAUUUACCCAAACUGGGUUUUAUACCUGUUAUCAUCACUCUGUGAUUAGCAAUAUUUGAUCUGUUUUAAGAUUAUACCUAAUUUGUGAAAUUGUCACUUACAUUAUUUGAAUGAUGUGUUUAUUGCAAAUGGGAGAACAAAUGUCUAAUUGAAAAACCCUUGUUUAUUUUAAACAAUUAUGUUUUCUUUUAUAAAGACAGUAACUUUGUAUCCUAUUCUCUGAUAGAGUAUCAUGUCUUGGAGAUUUGUUCAAGUUCUUGUUGUGAUGUUUAAUCACUAUUUCUCUUGAAAUAUUUACCUUACGUUAAGGUAUUGAUGGUGUGACUCAUUGAGUCAGUCAAAAUAAAUACACAAAUCAUCAAAUGAAAUAUUAUUGUCUGUUACUUCACUCUUUUCUCCACUGAAAUACGCUUCCAAUAGAGUUACAUUGCUGACUUAUGAUAUUCCACAUAUAGCUACUAGCUAGACUACAGUAUAUAGGGAAAAAUAAGAAAAAGCCUACUUUGAGCCAAGACUGUAAAAAAUGAUCUUGAAAGAAUACAGGUAUAUCAUUCACCUCUUGGUGCUUCGUUAAAAAUCUACAGAGUAAAAUAAAAUACAUUUCUAGCCAUAAUUUAUUAAUUCACAUGAUUAGUUUGAUGGAGUCAGAAAUGACUAACUAACGAUUUGGCUGUUUAUAAUUGGUCAUAUGAGUUCCCAGAGACAUGGCUGUGUUGUGGCUGUGUUGUUGUGGUCCUCUGUAGCUCAGCUGGUAGAGCACGGCGCUUGUAACGCCAAGGUAGUGGGGUCGAACCCCGGGACCACCCAUAUACAAAAAAAAAAAAAUGUAUGCACGCAUGACUGUAAGUCGCUUUGGAUAAAAGCGUCUGCUAAAUGGCAUAUUAUUAUUAUUAUAUUAUUGUUUUUACUGAAAUACCUGAUUUACAUUAAUUCAUUUUAGGUAUAUCAGAACGUAUUGCAAAAGCAUUUGCAUUCCAUGAUUUUUAGUUUGUACAUGAUAUACCAGUGAUUCAAGGUGUUAGGCCAAAACUGCUGCCGUCAUCUUAGUGCUCUAAAAGUUUAGGGCUGCCGUGCCGCAUAAUAUUAUGUGUAAUAAGACACACUUCUAUUGUUCCUCUAUUGAAAGCAGUGAAUGGAGGGAGAGUGUGGGAAACCGAGGAGAACUCACUCACAGAGCCCCUUUGGGACAAUAGACUGGGACCUCUACCUGGACUGUCAGAGGUUAGAGAGGGGGUCUGGGUCUCUAUGGAGAAUUUAAUCAAUAUAUUUCUGAUAAUCCCACAACAUUUAAUGUUCAGUAUUUGGAUCUUGAAAUUAGAAAUCUGCUAAAGCAUAUUUUUCUAAUAAAAGUUCAAGAUAUCAAUUUUUUGUACUUGCAUUUUUAAUGCACUUUUAGGCAGUACUUGCAUCUUCUUCAAGAUGAAUGCAAUUAAUGCAGUUUUUAUUCUGUUUGUUUGUGGGGCAUGGUUGAAAACAUGCUAUUUGUUUGUGUGCACAAACACAUAGAGCUUCAAUUGAUUCGCUGUAACAAUGAGUAUUUAUCUGUUGCUUAAGAUAAAUAUUUUUGUAAUGAGCUUCAUCCCCAACUGCUUGAUAGGAACUGCUUGUGUAGAGAUUAAUGAUCAUUUAACAAGGCACACUUCUAUUGUUUAGUGGAAACUCUCUCAAUGGGCAAAGUGUGGGAAAGCUCUGGAGAGAAGAUUCACAGUUUAGUGUCAUCAGGAUCAUCAGUCCCACCAGCACCUGUGAGUCUCUAUGGGUAAUAUGCACACUUCUAUUGUUCAGUGGAUAGAAUGGGUGGGAGGGGGUAUUUUGGGUUAUUUCUUACACUUUCUUAUGAGGGAAAUUCAAUAAUUAUUAAAUAUCCAAGUUAUGAUAGGCUUUUUCUAUCUUGAUGAUGGACAGAGUUUUAUUCAGUACAUUCAUGUAGUUCAGUUGUUUGUGUGAUAAACAGUGAACAGCUCUCAAUUCCACUUAGGCAUACAAAAGUUAACCCUGUGUCGAUUUAUAACGUGACAAAUCACAGACAAUAAUUUUCAAAGAGUUCUCAUACUCAUGUGGUCCUCUGUAGCUCAGCUGGUAGAGCACGGUUCUUGUAACGCCAAGGUAGUGGGUUCGAUCCCCAGGACCACCCACACACAAAAAAAAUUAUGUAUGCACGCAUGACUGUAAGAUUCUUUUUUUUUUUUUUUUUUUUUUUUCACCUUUAUUUAACCAGGUAAGCCAGUUGAGAACAAGUUCUCAUUUACAACUGCGACCUGGCCAAGAUAAAGCAAAGCAGUGCGAUAAAAACAACACAGAGUUACAUAUGGGGUAAAAAACAUAAAGUCAAAAAUAAAACAGAAAAUAUAUAUACAGUGUGUGCAAAUGUAGCAAGUUAUGGAGGUAAGGCAAUAAAUAGGCUAUAGUGCAAAAUAAUUACAAUAGUAUUAACACUAGAAUGCUAGAUGUGCAAGAGAUUAUGUGCAAAUAGAGAUACUGGGGUGCAAAAGAGCAAAAUAAAUAACAAUAUAGGGAUGAGGUAGUUGGGUGGGCUAAUUUCAGAUGGGCUGUGUACAGGUGCAGUGAUCGGUAAGGUGCUCUGGUAAGGUGCUCUGGAUCGGUAAGGUGCUUUGGAUAAAAGUGUCUGCUAAAUGGCAUAUUAUUAUGUGUUCUAUGCCAUUGUAGGAUGAAUUUGUAUGUAUAAAGGUGUGUCUUGUUAGUAUAUUCUUGCCAGGGCUGAUCUUUCCCUCCAAAACCCAGAAGGUCUGUGAUGUCAGCCUCUGUCUAUAGUACAACACAGAGCCAACAAUCGUCACUAAUGGUCCACUGAGCAGCUUUUGUAGUGCAUUGAUCACAGCACACAGGACUCAGUGUGGGAAACUCAGAUCAGCUCUCUACUCACACUGACCAGUAGCCUCAAGACAGAGAACACAUCUGCUACAUUUGAACUCCAGAAUGCUUGACCAUAUAACUUCUACUAUUGAGUUAAGAGACCCCUUGCUAUUGAUAUGGAUUACCUCUAAAAUACUGAAAAUAAAGAUAUUCAUUAUCCACUCACAUGUUAAUGUUGAAUAAAAUCGUAUAUAUUCCAAAACAUUCUGACUAACUGAAAGGACAAACAUGCAUGAAAUUAAACAGGAAUGAAAAUGGUGACACAUUGUCAUAUAUCAUCAUAUUGUUAAAUAUAACUACCGGUAUGUGCAAUGUAAAACCAUAUUGCAGAGUCAUUCAUUAAUAUCAGAAUUAAUAUAAAUAGUGAAAUAAUAAAAUAUUUCUAAAUCAGUGAUGAAGCGUGGAUACAGAAUACUACAUUCAACAAUGUCCUUAUAGGUGGGGAUUAAUAACACUGUUCGUUUUAUUCGAGAAUCUGUGUCCGUCUCACACGUGUAAGUUGUAAUGAUGAGCGUGUGCUCUGUCAAUGUCAUUGAUCCCAACAUCAGGCAGCAGAUCUGUGGGUCACCACUUUCCCAGAUUCACACAGCGCUCUGUGAGUCUCUCUCCAUCACCCCCACCCCUCCACCUGUUCCCCUGAGACGUGACCAUUGUCCCCCAGCAAUAAGAAUACUGAGCAUGUGGCAGCUUCACACUCUUCAUUGUCCUCCCAAGCUCACCCAUUGGCUAAAGACUGUGAGAAACUCCAACAAGCCCAAGACCCACACAUUCAUAUGCAGAUUUGGGACUAUAUAUAGGAGAGAUGAAGCCAGUAGAGAUCAGAUUCUCUCAACACUGAGACCUGUACAGCACAGAGAUCCAGCCAUGGCACCUACAAUAACUUCAGAUAUGAUCUACUCUAAGGAGCACCUGACUCUGACAAACAAGGUAAAUUGAAGAUUCAAAUUCAAUGACAUUUAUUCAAUUGCAUUGAUUGAUUGCUUAUUUGUUUCAAUAAUGUCAUACACCAGAAUAAGGUUAUUAAUGCCUCUCCUCGUCUCUUCUUGCAGCUAAGAAAGCCAGUGGUGGAGAAGUUACGCAGAGAUCGUAUCAACAACAGCAUUGAGCAACUCAAGUCUCUCCUGGUUCCAGAGAUCCUCAACCAGCAGCCCGACUCCAAGCUGGACAAAGCCGACAUCCUGGAGAUGACAGUUAGCUUCCUGAGACAACAGCAACAGAACCAGCCAGUGAGCUCCUCUUCCAGCUCAGCACCUGUCAAUCAGGGUUACUCCAGGUGUGUCCAAGAGAUUGUUCACUUCCUGUCUAAAGAUGAGCUGAAUACACAGUUCCCAGAGAAGACUACUGAGCCACUUCCAGAGCCCGCAGCCAUCCUCUGAUAAGAACAGCAGGGAGGGUGACCUGCCUCCGCUGAGCUCCCCAGCCCAGCACAGCAUCAGCAAAGAGAAGAGUCCUGUCAACAGCUCCCUCUGGAGGCCAUGGUAGAGUCCUACAGACUGGAGCUCCACUCAAAACACAAUGGAUAGACCAUGUUGGUCUAAGAUUAAUUUAAUGGACAGUAAUGAGUAUAAGAAAAAUGUCUUCUUCAUCCUCUGCUUAUGCAGGAGUUUUUAAAAGUCUUGCUGUGAUUGAGACACUUCAUUUCAGUUGAACUGAAGUUAAAAAGGUUUUCCAAGAAAACAAUUGGAUCUAUGAAAACUACAUUUUUGUAGUGUUAAUUGAAAUCAUCAUAACCUUUAUGUUUUGUGAAACGUGUUGAUUAUAUUGAUCAUGUGUUUAUAUUCAUGAUCAACAAUAACUUUAAUUGUCCUCCAUGAGAUCCUUUAAACCAAAAUGGGUGUUAUAUCAUCAAUCGGUUUGUGAUUGUCUAUGAUUGAUCUGUUUUUAAGGUCAAAAUAUCAGUCAUUUGUUUUACCACUACAUUUGUGUAGUGAUAUAGUCAUAUUAACAUUGUAUUGAGCAUCUUCUGUGAAGCAUGUAUCAGUUAUAUAUUUGAUAUGGAUCAACUUGAGCUACAGCAUCAAUGUUCCUCCAGGAGGAUUAUUUACCCAAACUGGGUUUUAUACCUGUUAUCAUCACUCUGUGAUUAGUAAUAUUUGAUAUGUUUUAAGAUUAUACCUAAUUUGUGAAAUUGUCACUUACAUUAUUUGAAUAAUGUGUUUAUUGCAAAUGGGAGAACAAAUGUCUAAUUGAAAAACCCUUGUUUAUUUUAAACAAUUAUGUUUUCUUUUAUAAAGACAGUAACUUUGUAUCCUAUUCUCUGAUAGAGUAUCAUGUCUUUGGAGAUUUGUUCAAGUUCUUGUUGUGAUGUUUAAUCACUAUUUCUCUUGAAAUAUUUACCUUACGUUAAGGUAUUGAUGGUGUGACUCAUUGAGUCAGUCAAAAUAAAUACACAAAUCAUCAAAUGAAAUAUUAUUGUCUGUUACUUCACUCUUUUCUCCACUGAAAUACGCUUCCAUUAGAGUUACAUUGCUGACUUAUGAUAUUCAUUUACAUUACAUUUUACAUUUUUUUUAUAUUCCACAUAUAGCUACUAGCUAGACUACAGUAUAUAGGGAAAAAUAAGAAAAAGCCUACUUUGAGCCAAGACUGUAAAAAAUUAUCUUGAAAGAAUGACACUAUACAGGUAUAUCAUUCACCUCUUGGUGCUUCGUUCAAAAUCUACAGAGUAAAAUAAAAUACAUUUCUAGCCAUAAUUUAUUAAUUCACAUGAUUAGUUUGAUGGAGUCAGAAAUUACUAACUAACGAUUUGGCUGUUUAUAAUUGGUCAUAUGAGUUCCCAGAGACAUGGCUGUGUUGUUUUAACUGAAACACCUGUUUUACAUAAAUUCAUUUUAAGUAUAUCAGAACGUAUUGCAAUAGCAUUUGCAUUCCAUGAUUUUUAGUUUGUACAUGAUAUACCAGUGAUUCCAGGUGUUGGGCCAAAACUAGUACUGUCAUUUCAGUGCUUUAAACGUUUAGGGCAGCUGUGCCCCUCAAACUCAAUAGCUAAUGUGAUGUGUAAUAAGACACACUUCUAUUGUUCCUCUAUUGAAAGCAGUGAAUGGAGAGAGAGUGUGGGAAACCGAGGAGAACUCACUCACAGAGCCCCUUUGGGACAAUAGACUGGGACCUCUACCCUGGACUGUCAGAGGUUAGAGUCUGGGUCUCUAUAGGGAAAUAAAUGGAUCUCUCUCUAAUGAUCCCAUAAAUGCCCUGCAUUUUGUUUCUUGCAGGAAGAUAUCUGAUCAAAUAUACAAUGUAUACAUUUUCCCAAAAGGUUCAAGACAUCAUAUUUUGAUCAUUAGCUUUUUUGGAGCACAUUUGAGCAGUACCAACACCUCAUUUGGCCGCCAUUCCUUCCAGUUCUCUGCUGCCAAUGACUGGAACGAACUGCAAAAAUCUCUGAAGCUGGAGACUCUUAUCUCCCUCACUAACUUUAAGCGUCAGUUGUCAGAGCAGCUUACCGAUCACUGCACCUGUACACAGCCAUUCUGAAAUUAGCCCACCCAACUACCUCAUUCCCAUAUUGUUAUUUAUUUUUGCUAAUUUGCACCCCAGUAUCUCUAUUUGCACAUCAUCUUUUGCACAUCUAUCAUUCCAGUGUUAAUACGAAAUUGUAACUAUUUUGCACUAUGGCCUAUUUAUUGCCUUACCUCCAUAACAUACUACAUUCGCACACACUGUAUAUAUAUAUUCUGUUUGUAUUUUUGACAUUAUGUUUUGUUUACCCCAUAUGUAACUCUGUGUUGUUAUUUUUAUCGCACUGCUUUGCUUUAUCUUGGCCAGGUCGCAGUUGUAAAUGAGAAGUUGUUCUUACUUACUUGUUGUAAUCCAGUUUUUAUUAAUUUGUUUGUGUACAUAAACACACUUACAGGUUGAAUUGAUUCUCUGUAACAGUGAGUCUAUCUGUUUCUUAUGAGAUAUAUUUAAGUCAUUCCCUUUUUACCCCCAAGGGCUUGAUGGGAAGAUUAAUGAUCAUUUAACAAGGCACACUUCGAUUGUUUAGUGGAAACUCUCUCAAUGGGCAAAGUGUGGGAAAGCUCUGGAGAGCAGAGUCACAGUUGAGUGUCAUCAUCAUCAGUCCCACCAGCACCUGGCUGUCUGGGGAACACCCAGAGCCACUGGGGAAUAGGCACACUAAUAGAAGGGAAUUAAAAAAUAGCUGAAUACAUCAGUUUUCCCAGGAUAUAAAAGGUAUCUUUCUUCUUCCAUCUAUUCUGUCUUCCUAUGAUGUGAUAGCUGAAUGAAGACAUAUCUAUAACCACAUUUGUGUGGAACUGUGCAUAUAACCAAAAAUGUUGUAAUUUGAAUAUGAAGCUUCUGCAAAAUCACAAUCUGAAAGUAAACAUAUAAAGCAAGUUGAACAUAAACAUGAACAUAAAAGCCAAAAUCAUUGUAAAUUAAAUAAAACAUGUUCUAAAUGUACACAGAUACAGUAUAUGUUUUGCAGCACAUUUUAAAGAUUAAAGCCAGUGUUAUGGUGUUUCCCUCCAGAAUCCAGAUGGUCUGUGAUGUCAGCCUCUGUCUAUAAUUCAAAACAGAGCCAAUAGCUGUCACUAAUGGUCCACUGAGCAGCUUUUGUAAUGCAUUGAUCACCGCACACAGGACUCAGUGUGGGAAACUCAGAUCAGCUCUGUACUCACACUGACCAGUAGCCUUAAGACAGAGGACACAUCUGUUACCUCUGGACUCCCUCCACUCUCAAAAUACAGAAGUAGUGAAUGUGUGCUGAUACUUGUUCUCUCUAAUGAGAAAAUCACAGGAGGCUGCUGAGGGGAGAACGGCUCAUAAUAAUGGCCAGAACAGAGCAAAUGGAAUGGCAUCAAACACCUGGAAACCAUGUGUUGGAUGUAUUUGAUACCAUUCCACUGAUUCCGCUCCUGUCAUUACCAUGAGCCCGUCCUCCCCAAUUAAGGUUCCACCAACCUCCUGUGCAGAAAGCCAAUAAUCGAUCAGUUCAAUCCUUAUCAAUUGGAAGUCACUUAAAUGGUCUUAUAAUUUAUCUUCAAUAGUCGGAGUACUAUGAUUGGGGGGGAUUUUGUAUUUAACACACAUUUGUAAAAGGAAUGAAGCCAAUUUGACCAAGGAUAGCCUGUGAACUGUGAUUCAAACAGGAUUUGAUAAGCACCCCUACCUUGAAAUGAAACUGGAGCAGACCACAACACAUUAUUAACAGUGCAAUCAGAGAGGUCAAACUCAUCUUCAAGUGUUUAAAUGUGACUGAACCUGCAAUGUAACAGAAACAAUGGUAUUCAACAACAACAAUCAAAAGGACUUGGGCAACAGCAUCUGUUUUACUUUAGAGGAUUACUGUCCGUCUCACACGUGGAAGUUGUAAUGAUGAGCGUGUGCUCUGUCAGUGUCAUUGAUCCCAACAUCAGGCAGCAGAUCUGGGGGUCACCACUUUCCCAGAUUCACACAGCGCUCUGUGAGUCUCUCUCCAUCACCCCCCACCCCUCCACCUGUUCCCCUGAGACGUGACCAUUGUCCCCCAGCAUUAAGAACACUGAGGAUGUGGCAGCUUCACACUCUUCAUUGUCCUCCCAAGCUCACCCAUUGGCUACAGACUGUGAGAAACUCCAACAAGCCCAAGACCCACACAUUCAUAUGCAGAUUUGGGACUAUAUAUAGGAGAGAUGAAGCCAGUAGAGAUCAGAUUCUCUCAACACUGAGACCUCUACAGCACAGAGAUCCAGCCAUGGCACCUACAAUCACUUCAGCUAUGAUCUACUCUAAGGAGCACCUGACUCUGACAAACAAGGUAAAUUGAAGAUUCAAUGGAAAUGUAUUACAUUUGAUUGAUUGUUUAUCUGUUUCAGUAAUGUCAAACACCAGAAUAAGGUUAUUAAUGCCUCUCCUCGUCUCUUCUUGCAGCUAAGAAAGACAGUGGUGAAGAAGUUACGCAGAUAUCGUAUCAGCAACAGCAUUGAGCAGCUCAAGUCUCUCCUGGGUCCAGAGAUCCUCAACCAGCAGCCUGACUCCAAGCUGGACAAAGCCGACAUCCUGGAGAUGACAGUUUGCUUCCUGAGAUGACAGCAACAGAACCAGCCAGUGAGCUCCUCCUCCUGCUCAGCACCUGUCAAUCAGGGUUACUCCAGGUGUGUCCAAGAGAUUGUUUACUUCCUGUCUAAAGAUGAGCUGAAUACACAGUCCCAGAGAAGAAUGCUGAGCCACUUCCAGAGCCUGCAGCCAUCCUCUGAUAAGAACAGGAGGGAGGGUGACCUGCCUCAGCUGAGCUCCCCAGCCCAGCACAGCAUCAGCAAAGAGAAAGGUCCAGUCAACAUUGCCCUCUGGAGGCCCUGGUAG